GUUGUUUGCAUGUGACAAAUACAAUUUGAUUAGGUGUAUGGAAGAAGUCGGAGCUCAAGGGUGUAGACGAGUUUCCCUCAAGUAAUUAAGUGUUGGAGAGGCGUUCAAAUGGAUUUUCCAGUCAUAUGCUCGUAUUUACAAGAUGCUAUGAACUAGCCCAUCGUCUCGCGCAUGUGGAUUGAAACGUCCCUCAGACGAUAAAGCUGAUUUAGGUCGGGAUGGGAAUUUUGCGACCCCCCCCCACUCAGCAAACUCUUCGUAAUGACAUUGCUUUGUAAACACAUUUACAAUAUGUUAUUUUCGUUGAUGCGGCGCGUGAAAUAUCUAUAGGAAGCUAAAUUAGAUGGGUGCGGUGUUCAAGUAAGAGCACGCAUCAACAGGACUAGUGAAAAGCUGUAAAACCGGAUGGGAUUUACUGUCAGUUCGUGAAUGUUUUAAUCGUGUGAAAGCCUGCCCAUUUCGUUGCUACCAGUCAAGCGAGAGGUAGCGAGAGACCAGCCAUCCAGCCGACAAUGUGGAAGACGAGGGUCCCUAAAAAGCAAAUCCCGUUAGGUGGAAACCGCUAUGAAACCAACCCGUAACACCUGGGGACAAGAUGAGCAGUUGACUUGACGUUUUGCCUUACCCGAAACGAUAAAUAACAGUUCACUUUGACUCUCGCAACCCUCAAAGCGUAUUCGAAGAAUCAGAGAUAAUGGUGGCUCUCUCAUCGGUUUUAACGCCACUUGCUCGGCAGCUGCACAGACAUCUCAUCAAGCAAACUAAAGGUCAACGUUUGAUACCUGUGAGAAGAUGCAACCUCACCGCAUGUUCAAGCAAAUAUGUGCUUUCUGCCUUGCAUCCAAUGUGGCAGGGGCCACUCGUUGCUCCAGGGGGUAACAGACAAUCUCCUAUCGAUAUUCGGGUGCGUAAGAGCGUUUUUGAUCCGCACCUUAAGCCGCUGACCCCGGAUUACGACCCCGGGACGUGCUCACAGAUAUGGAACAACGGGUACUCAUUCCUGGUUGAGUACGACGACACCACCGACAAAUCCAUACUUAAAGGGGGUCCUCUGGAAGAUAACUUCCGGCUGUGUCAGUUCCACUUCCAUUGGGGGGAGAGCAACGCGUGGGGUUCCGAGCAUACCGUGGACCGCCGCCUCUUCCCUGCUGAGCUCCACAUGGUCCACUGGAACUCUAAUAAGUACAGGCGGUUUGAGGAAGCUGUGAUGGAGGAGAAUGGACUGGCUGUCAUCGGAGUCUUCCUCAAGAUAGGGAAGAGACACAAGGGACUGCAGAAACUAGUGGAUGCCCUACCUGCUGUCAGACACAAGGACAGUGUUGUUGAGUUCACUAGGUUUGACCCAGCCUGCCUACUGCCUGCUAACAUUGACGAUUACUGGACGUAUGCAGGGUCACUUACCACUCCUCCUCUGACUGAGGCAGUGACCUGGAUUAUCAUGAAGCAGCACAUUGAAGUCAGCCAUGACCAGCUGGCAGUGUUCCGGAGCCUUCUCUUCACCUCUGCAGAGGAGGAGGUGCAGAAGAGCAUGGUCAACAACUUCCGUGUGCAGCAGCCCCUGAGGGGCCGCACUGUGCGGUCCUCGUUCACCCCCUUCCUGCAGCAGGAGCCACCUGCAAAAGGUCCACAGACAGGCCACUGACCGGUACACACUAACUCACUCGGACCCUUCAAACCAAAAUUAUGCAAUUACCCUAGGAAGCCUUUUUUUUUUUUACUCUACAGAAGUCAUACUGCUGGCAUCUUCUUUCCUUAUGCAUUCAGAAAGCACUCAAUGAUUUCGCUUAAAUGACAGGGAUUUUAUAAUUCCAAUGUCACCAUCUAAAGCUGUGGUAUUCAAAGUCAGGGACGUGACCUCUAGUUAGUUAGGUUGUGUGGGAACUGCUGUGGUCCCCCCCCCCAUAUUAAAAGUAAGCAAAUUGAGAGUACAGAUCAUUUUAGAAACUUAAAUUUAUUACAUUUUUAUUUGUUGAUGUAACAAUCUAAAUGUUUCCGUUUUAAGGUUGUGUCAUUAGCUCUGGGGUGGGGGGGUCUCGAGAAAGGAGUACGAAAGAAAGGGUUGGUCCCCCCCCCCUGAAAAAGUUAGAAUACCAAUGAUCUAUAGGCUUUUUAAAAUGAUUUUUUACAUCUGUCUCACUGUCUGCUGUCCUGUCAAUAAUUGAAAGUCAUCAACACAUGGCAGGUAUAUUGCUGUAGUCGACGCUAACAUAUUUUUGAAAAUCAUGUGUCUUAGGUGAAUCUGGUUGGAGAUUUUUAUGAAUCCUCUUAAUGUUUAUAAGUUGUAAAUCUUAUUUAUUCACUCCUUAUUAACAGUCAAACUUGACAUGCUUCCAGAAACAAAUGAUUGAUGCUGCUGGAAUAAUUUGAAGUACUAUCAACACUUAUUAUGUAAACUAAAGAUUAUGAAUAUCACCCUCUUGUGGAAAGAGUACUUCUACAGUCAUUUUUUUCUUCCUUGACAAAGUAUUUGAGGUGAAGGGGCAUCAUAUAUGAAUGGGGGUUUAGUUUGAAGGUUUAAGCUCUAAAUUUGUUUGCAGCAUAUAAGCGAAGAGAUUUAGUUCAUUGUAUUUCGGCCUAGCUAAGGCUCUAAACUGCACACAUGAUUGUUGCUCAAUAUGUUUUUAGGUGAUUUGAUGGAUUUUAAUACAUAGUCUUGAGUAGACUAGAAUGCACAUCUCAGUAUCUUUAACUUAGAUGUAAAAGUAAUAUGUGUAGGAUGUACAGCUUCAUUAUGCCUUAUAAGCACAGGGAAACCAGGGCAUUUGUUACAACUAAUAUGUUGAGUUCUAUAACAAACAUUGACCUUUUUUAACAUGAGUGUCUAAGAUUAUUUUCCUCUUGUAAUCAAAUUAUUCUGUUGUACUAAAAAGGACUCUACCAUAGUGCCUUCCAUGUUAUGCAUAAUACUCACACACACGGUCACCUUUGUUUUCAUAGAUCAAUAGCUCACUGCAGUGUCUGUUCUGUUGGAGCCUGCUGGUUUAAUUAAUAUUGACAAUAUUAUGCCCCUCGCAGGUUUUUAACAGGCAGUCGGUAGAUUGUUUGCCAAUUUCUGAUCCAGGAGCUGUGGGAGAGUUUAGAGAGGGUGUCACAUGUACAUCAUUAGCAUGUUAGUUCUGUAUUUAUUUAUUGGUGGAGGUCAGAAGGAUUUGACUUGCCUUUUAGAAGCACUAGCAGCACACCGACAGGAAUCAUUCUCCUGAUAGUUGUAUGUCAUUUCUUGAGACUGUUUAGCUUCGACUGCACUCUGAAAACUGCUAUUUGUUCAGACCUUGUUAUUGCAAUAAUUUGGAGAUGAUUUUAAAGUUUACAGCGGAACCAUCCAUAAAUGCAAACUAUCUAGGUAGCUGGACAGGGAUUACAGUGGGACCAACUACAUGUAUCAACUUGAAAACAUACUGUUAUGCUUUAAUAGCAUUCCAAAAGGUUGUUUACGGUAGAAUAAGCAUUGCUAUUCCCUGUGUUGACACAACCAUGAUAAGUGAUAUAGCACAUUUUUAUAGCAAUUGUAAUACAUACACUAUAUGACCAAAAGUAUGUGGACACCUGCUUGUCGAACAUCUCAUUCCAAACUCAUGGGUAUUGAUAUGGAGUUAGUCCCCCCCCCUUUGCUGCUAUAACAGCCUCCACUCUUCUGGGAAGGCUUUCCACUAGAUGUUGGGGCAUUGCUGUGGGGAAUUGAGCAACAAGAGAAUUAGUUAGGCCUGGCUCGCAGUCGGUGUUCCAAUUCAUCCCAAAGGAUGUUCGAUGGGGUUGAGGUCAGGGCUCUGUGCAGGCCAGUCAAGUUCUUACACACUGAAACAGGAAAGGGCCUUCCCCAAACUUUUGCCACAAAGUUCGAACCACAGAAUCGUCUAGAAUGUCAUUGUAUACUGUAGCGUUAAGAUUUCCCAUCACUAGAACUAAGAGGCCUAGCCCGAACCAUGAAAAACAGCCCCAGACCAUUAUUCCUCCUCCACCAAACUUUACAGUUGGCACUAUGCAGUCAGGCAGGUAGCGUUCUCCUGGCGUCCACCAAACCCAGAUUUGUCCGUAGGCCUGCCAGAUGGUGAAGCUUGAUUCAUCACUCCAGAGAACGCGUUUCCACUGCUCCAGAGUCCAAUGGCGGCGAGCUGUAGAACACUCCAGCCCGACGCUUGGCAUGGCUCUUGUGUGUCUACCACUUCGCGACUUAGCCGUUAUUGUUCCUAGACGUUUCCACUUCACAAUAACAGCACUUACAUUUGACCGGGACAGCUCUAGCAGGGCAGACAUUUGAUGAACUGAGUUGUUGGGGGCUCCUUAAAUAAGACAUCUUGGUUAGAGGGUGACUGGGAAAAAUAGAGGGGGGAUCUCAUGUACUGUGAGCUCAAAGUAUUGGGGCAGUGACACAUUUUUGUUGUUUUGGCUCUGUACUUCAGUUACAGAUGCACAUAUCAUACCCUGUUAUUGUAAUGGUGAGUUUAGCAUGUCUUGGGUAUGAUAUUUGUGGGUCUAACUUUCUCGCUCAUCAUUAUUCACGAUUCAUUCAGUAUUAUACAUAAUUGUGGUAGCAUCCACAUGAAUGUAGAAGUGUUUAGAAACAUAUUCUAUUUUUAUUUACAAUAAGUGACUCCAAAAUGAUACGAAGAAUUACCAUUUAUUUCUAAUGGGCACAAAAUCUGAAACAACCAAAACAAACAGCAAAUGCAACCAACAAAUGUGUAGUCACGAGCUUGAUGUAUUCAUUGCAUGCUGGGACCAAUUACUAAUUUAGUACACAUGUGAAUUUGUCCCAAUACUUUGGGAGGAUUUGAAUGGGGUUACAAAACAGUUGUGCAUUUUAGGUGUUGGUUUGAUGUGGGCAUUUUUAUGGGUAAGUGAUGGUAGGACAGAGAUUCACUUUUUUUUGCUAUAACUGUGGUAAGGGACCUAUUUUCUGCCUCCUAUUUGUCCUGAUCUGUUUAGUUAUGUUCUGCCUUUUUAAUCUCCAGUGGGAUGUUUCCUUUCACUUAACUGUAUUUUUGUUUUCAAAUUAUAAAUACUAAAUGGUAACUGGAAUGUGAUUUAACUGUAAUGGCUGUACUUUAAUCAAGACUAAUGAUCAUGAUUUAAUCUGUCAUCAAUGGUGAACUGCUGUAUUUUCAUGUAUAUGCCACCAGUGACUGUUUUAAACGUGUCAAACUUAGUAUGCACAAUGAUCUAGAUCGAUGCACAUGUUUUACAUAAAUGGGACUUAUGCGGAACUUCCACUUAACUUGCCCUACACCAUUGUGUUGCCAGUGUUUUUAUGUUGAUGUAAGCUCUAGUAUCAUUGUUUCCAUCAGGAGUGUGACACUAAAGACUUGGGGUGAGCAGGAUCAACAACCUCUGCAUCAAGACAGUUUCUUUGUGAGGUGUUCACAGUUAGCCAUUGUUAUGUGUGCUGAACAAAAAUCUAAACUCAACAUUUUCAACUAUUUUACUGAGUUACAGUUCAUAUAAGGAAAUAGGUCAUUUGACGUAACAGACCGAAAUACUCCUCAGCACCCCCUCAGAUGAUCCCACAGGUGAAGAAGCCGGAUGUGGAGGUCCUGGUUACACGUGGUUGUGAGGCCGGUUGGGCAUACUGCCAAAUUUUCAAAAAAUUAUGUUGGAGGUGGCUCAUGGUAGAAAAAUUAACAUUCAAUUAUCUGGUAACAGCGCUGGUGGACAUUCCUGCAGUCAGCAUGCCAAUUGCCCGCUCCCCAAAAACUUGAUACAUCUGUGGCAUUGUGUUGUGUGACAAAACUGCACAUUUUAGAGUGACCUUUUAUUUUCCCCAGCACAAGGUGCACCUUUGUAAAGAUCAUGCUGUUUAAUCAGCUUCUUGAUAUGCCACACCUGUCAGGUGGAUGGAUUAUCUUGGCAAAUGAGAAAUGCUCACUAACAGGAACAUAAACACAUUUGUACUCAAACUAUGAGAGAAAUAUGCUUUUUGUGCAUAUGGAACAUUUCUGGGAUCUUUUAUUUCAGCUCAUGAAACUAACACUUUGUAUAUGUUGUGUUUUAUAUUUUUGUUCGGUAUAAAUGCCAGCUUCCUGUGGCCUGGUAUUAGGCCCAAGUCAGAGCAGGUCCGCUGGAGCCAUGGCCCACAAUUCUGAGCCUUUUGGGUAAAACACCUCAGAUGGAAACUUGACAGUGCUUUGUUUGCUACGUAGCAGGUGUUUUCCUGGAGCUAGAGGAGUGUUCUACGUUUGUUGUGCUGUAGUAAAUGUAUUUCUUUUAUCAAUGGGUGGCCACAUUCCUGCCCCAUGGGCCGGAAGGAAAACUGCUAUUGAGGGUCUGUGGUUCAAGGGCUAGAUUGGGGCCCCUCUCCCAACAGGCCUGUUGUACCAGGUGCUUGAUUGGCCCAGUCCAGCCAUACAACCAGGAAGCCACUGCUGACAAAUGUUUGUAUAGAAGAUUUUAAAGAUGAAUAUAUUAAAGAAAUGAGUACACUAUGCCUGUGUUUUAGUAUUUUGACUUGCUGGUGGUAUUAAAAUGCUUAUAUGGAAUGGGGUGUUCAUCUGGGGAAAGUGAUGUAGUUAAGUCUGUUAUGGGACAUGCUAGUCUCUACUUGAGUAAUGCUCAGCAGCCAGAACCCAGUAAAAUCUGCAGUAGCAACAACCAUGAUGUCACAAUGAUCUGGGUUGUUAGAAAGGUCCCCUAUAAAUGAAUGGUUGUGUUGUGCAUUGUUCCCCAUUUGUCAGGAGCCUAGGCCUGGGCAGGCAAUAAGGACCUGGUUCCAGGACCCAUAACCCCACACCAGACCUAGUUGGCACCUUUGAAGACAAAACAGAGAAUGGAGCCAGGGUGUGGAUGUUUAGAUAUGUUAGGAAACAUGGUUUGAGUUUUGUCUCAACCUGAUUCAAACAGACCCUCAUAUCUGUUUAUUAUGGUUGGCCACGGGAUAUAAAAAUGGGAUGAGAGUUGUCUCCCAAAAGGCUGCAGGUUUCCCAUUGUGUGGGAGAGUUUGAGUACCUGCUCUUUGAACUGUGUAUAACACAUGGGGGAAUUAAAUUAACAUUCGAUUAGUCUGAAUAUUUUCGUGACCACAUAGCUAUCAACUCUGCAUUCAGAGCAUGAGAAUCCACCCACUGAAGCUAGGACAGCAGAGUCCGUUCCCAUCUUCCGAAAACAUCGUCAAAGAGCAUCUUAAAGACUUCUCAGUUUUAUCCACCUAAAUGCGGAAGACACAUUUCAAUUGAAUAGAUUUAGUUGGACAUCUGACUAGGUAUCCCCCCUUGUCUUUUCCUAUUAGCACUGAAUCUGCUCUAUAACUUCUGUAUUGAGGAACAAUGUACUGUGACUGAUGUGGUUGUCUCACCUAGCUAUCUUCAGUUUAAUGCACUUACUGUAAAUCGCUUUUGAUAAAGGUGUCUACUAAAUUACUAAAAUGUCAAUGUAAAAUGCCAUUCUUAUGAAGGCCUUUGGACCUCUUUCUUCUGACCAUACACUUCAAGAUGAAGUGGUGGUUAGAAAAUGAAAGGAAAAGCUCUAAUUAAAGAUAAUUUCUUCUUC